AUGGCUCGUAAACGAAAAUUCACAUUAGCACUAUCCAGCGAAUUAACUGCGGCGGUAGCAGCUGAAAAUAAUUCAUUAAAUGAUAAGGCAGCAAGUUCAACUCCGGUAGCAACAACUCCAGCAACAAAAACGAGGACUACGCGAUAA